CGAAGCGGAGUCCUGCGGCUCUGUGUCCGUCAGUUCCUCCGUGGGCCGCGGGAGCUGCUAGAAGGAGUCAUGUAGCCGCAGACGCAAGCCCUCCGCGGAUCGGCAACUAUUUAUUUUCAUUUAUUUAUUUUUUUGGGGUGGGGGGCGCGGGGGCGCGGCCAAACUGCCUCUCCCGCCCGCCUUCUCGCCUCUUCCCAUCUGCACGCCGCAUCAGCCUCUCAAAACCGAGGGGAUCCGAGAGGGUGGGGCGGUGAAUCGGAGUGGGACCUGCGGUCCCCUCGCGGAGGAGCCAUGGCGGAGGAGAGCGCCGAGGUGCCCCGCGAGCUGACAGAAAGCAUAAAGGAUGUUAUUGGCAGAAAGAUAAAAAUCUCACUGAAGAAGAAAGUCAAGUUGGAAGUUAAAGGAGACAAAGUUGAAAACAAGGUGCUGGUGCUCACAUCAUGCCGAGCCUUCCUCCUCAUGGCAAGGAUCCCCACCAAGCUUGAGUUGACCUUCAGUUACUUGGACAUUCACGGUGUCACCUGCAGCAAACCCACACAGAUGGUCCUGGAAACUGAGAAGUGCCUUCUGUCCCUGAGGAUGACGUCACCUGAGGCCGUGGACGAGGUGCUGGCCCACGUGGGCUCCUGUCUGCGGAGAACGUUCCCUGGCCAGUCUCCCGUGAAAAUCAUGAGAAGAGUGUCCAUGGAGCCAUCGGAGCGACUGGCCAGCCUCCAGGCCCUGUGGGACAGCCAGCCUGUGGCCGAGCAGGGACCCUGUGGUGGGUUUUCUCAGAUGUAUGCCUGUGUCUGUGACUGGCUGGGAUUCCCGUAUAGGGAAGAAGUACAGUGGGAUGUGGAUACAAUUUAUCUGACACAAGACACCCGGGAGCUGAAUUUACAGGACUUCAGCCAUCUGGACCACAGGGACCUCGUGCCGAUCACCGCCGCCCUGGAGCACAACCAGUGGUUCGCCAAGCUGUCCUCUAAGGACCUCAGGCUGUCCACUGAUGUCUGUGAACAGAUCUUGAGGGUGGUGAGUCGGUCUAAUCGGCUGGAAGAAUUGGUGUUGGAAAAUGCUGGACUUCGAGCGGAUUUUGCACAGAAAUUGGCCAGCGCUCUGGCACAUAACCCUGGCUCAGGACUGCACACGAUCAACCUUGCUGGCAACCCGCUGGAGGACCGAGGUGUGUCCUCCUUAAGUAUCCAAUUUGCCAAACUCCCAAAGGGAUUAAAACAUUUGAAUUUAUCUAAAACCUCAUUGUCGCCCAAAGGGGUGAACAGCCUUUCUCAGUCGCUCAGUGCCAACCCGUUGACCGCCACCACCCUCACCCACCUGGACCUCUCAGGGAACGCCCUUCGUGGAGACGACCUCUCGUACAUGUACAGUUUUCUGGCCCAGCCAAAUGCCCUUACGCAUCUGGAUUUAUCCAACACAGAAUGUUCCCUGGACAUGGUCUGUGGAGCUCUGCUGCGCGGGUGCCUCCAGUGUCUGGCCGUGCUGCGCCUCUCCAGGGCCGUCUUCUCCCACCGGAAAGGAAGAGAGGUCCCACCGUCGUUCAGGCAGUUUUUCAGCAGUUCUCUGGCUCUGACGCACAUCAGCCUCUCAGGCACAAGACUGUCUCCCGAGCCCUUAAAGGCACUGCUGCUCAGCCUGGCCAGCAACCACAACCUGCAGGCUGUGUCCCUGGACCUCAGCAGCUGUGAGCUGAGGUCGGGGGGCGCGCAGGUGUUGGAAGGCUGCAUCGCCGAGAUCCACAACAUCACCAGCUUGGACAUCUCCGACAAUGGCUUGGAAUCGGACCUGUCCACCUUAAUCGUGUGGCUCAGUAAGAACAGAUCCAUACAGCACCUGGCGUUAGGCAAAAAUUUUAAUAACAUGAAAUCCAAAAACCUGACCCCUGUGUUGGACAACUUGGUGCAGAUGAUUCAAGACGAAGAAUCCCCUCUGCAGUCCCUAUCCCUGGCCGACUCCAAGCUCAAGACUGAGGUCACCAUCAUCAUCAACGCCCUGGGAAGCAAUACAUCCCUGACCAGAGUGGACAUCAGCGGGAACGCCAUGGGGGACAUGGGCGCCAAGAUGCUGGCCAAAGCCCUGCAGAUCAACACCAAGCUCAGGACGGUGAUAUGGGACAAGAACAACAUUACGGCACAAGGCUUUCAAGAUAUAGCGGUUGCUAUGGAAAAGAACUACACAUUGCGAUUCAUGCCGAUUCCCAUGUAUGAUGCCGCUCAAGCCCUCAAGACAAACCCCGAGAAAACGGAGGAGGCUCUGCAGAAGAUAGAAAACUACCUGCUCCGGAACCACGAGACCAGGAAGUACCUCCAGGAGCAGGCCUACCGCCUCCAGCAGGGCAUCGUCACCAGCACCACUCAGCAGAUGAUUGACAGGAUCUGCGUGAAGGUCCAGGAUCACCUCAACUCCUUGCGGAACUGCGGGGGAGACGCUGUCCAGGAAGAUUUGAAGUCGGCGGAGCGGCUCAUGCGGGACGCCAAGAACUCCAAGACGUUGUUACCGAAUUUAUACCACGUUGGCAGUGCGUCUUGGGCGGGAGCCAGUGGCUUGUCCAGCCCGAUUCAGGACACGCUGGAGUCGAUGGCCGGGGAGGUCACCAGAGUUGUGGAUGAACAGCUAAAGGCACUGCUGGAGUCCAUGGUGGACGCGGCCGAGAGUCUGUGCCCCAACGUGAUGAAGAAAGCCCACAUCCGGCAGGACCUGAUUCAUGCCAGCGCCGAGAAGAUGUCCAUCCCGCGGACCUUUGUGAAGAACGUGCUGCUGGAGCAGUCGGGGGUGGACAUCCUGAACAAAAUCAGUGAAGUGAAACUGACAGUGGCCUCCUUCCUGUCCGACCGCAUCGUGGAUGAAGUGCUGGACGCGCUUUCUCACUGCCAUCACCGACUGACCGACCACUUCAGCGGACGGGGCAGGCCCCUCGCGCCCCCCGAGGCCGUGGACGCAGAGCCCGCCGGCGGGAAGUUUGCGCAGCGCCCAGCGCUGGUGGUAGAGGAGCUCUCGGAGAUGGAGCGGCUGGAGGACCUGGACACGUGUGUGAUGACCCCCAAGUCCAAAAGGAAGACGAUCCACAGCCGGAUGCUGCGGCCGGUGUCCAGGGCCUUUGAGAUGGAGUUUGACCUGGACAAGGCCCUGGAGGAGGUGCCGAUUCACAUGGAGGACCCACCAUUUCCAUCCGGCCGAGCGGAGAAGCGCAGCUCGGGCUUCAUCCCCGAGCUGCCGUCGGAGGAGGGGAGGAAGCUGGAACAUUUCACCAAGCUGAGGCCCCGGCGCAACAAAAGGCAGCGGCCCACCCAGGCGGCGGUCUGGGCCACGGCCCUUGUCAGCCAGGACGGUGAGCAGAACGGCCUCAUGGGGAGAGUGGACGAAGGGGUGGAUGAAUUCUUCACCAAGAAGGUGACCAAAAUGAGAUCGUCGGCCAGAGGCUCGGAGACCCAUGACCUCGGUGAAGGAGGUGAUGAGAAGAAGAAGAGAGACCCCCGGAAGAGUGGCUUCCUCAAUUUAAUCAAGUCCCGGUCCAGAUCUGAGCGGCCACCAACCAUCUUGAUGACGGAAGAACUGUCCUGCCCGAAAGGGGUGGUCAGAAGUCCGGCUGUGGACACACCCAGGAGGGACUCGAAGCCAGCUGAGCACAACGGCAGCUCUGAGCAGGCAGAGGAGCUAGAAGCGCCCGAGUCCCUAGAGGAAGGUCAGGGGGAGGACGCAGGGAAGCCGGGGCACAGCGGCAGCCCCCAGGGAGGCCGGCGGUCGCGCGUCCAGGUGAUGGGCAGCGGCCUGCUGGCGGAGAUGAAGGCCAAGCAGGAGCGGAGGGCCGCUUGUGCACACAAGAAGCUUGGGACUGACACCAUCUCCCCGGAGUCUUCCAGCCUGGCCAUGGGCACGGAACUGUUGGAUGGAGGUGGGGCAGUGCCUAAACUGUACUCCGCUCUUCCGGGGACCCCAGAAAAGAAUGCCAAAGCCGACCCCAGAGUGGACAUGGGCUCCCGGGGCCGGAGCUCCUCCAUCUCCAAUGUGGCCCUGCAGUCGCCCAAGCCCAGCCCGGCAGCACGGCCUGCCAUCCCGCAGAAGCCGCGGGCUACCCUGCGGCCUGAGGACGCCCCGGACUCUCCACCCGGCCUCGGUUCCCCCAAAGUUGCUCUUCUUCCUCCUGUCCUGAAAAAAGUCCCCAUGGACAAGGAGAGAGAAGGCCGUGGGAGUCCUCAGUCCAGCCCCAGGUUUUCCCAGGAAGUUUCGAGGAGAAGCUGGGGCCAGCCACCCCAGGAGUACCAGGAACAGAAGCCAUGGUCCCCCAGCAAAGACGGCCGGCAAGGCAGCAAGUCCAGUGACUCGGGGGAGGAAGCAGAGAAAGAAUUUAUCUUCGUGUGAAGGUUCCGCCCUGCAGAAGGCCCUGAGCAGGGCCUUGGUGGGCCUUCGGGGGCCCACGGCAGCCCCCCUCCUCCACACUCUUCUCUUGGUGCUUCUUUCUUUUCCUUUUUCCUUUUUUUUUUGAAAACAAAACCAGAUCCAUUUCUUGGUAAUCAAAGCACAUUUGUGUGGGCUUCUCCCAGCCCUCGGCCUUUAAUUCCUCAGCAUUCCUUCCUGUGCCUUCAGCGAAGCCACCAACUACCCUGUGGGCCGUACUUGAAUUUCUCUGAGGCAGCUGCCCUCUGCCCACAGGAGGAGUGUUUGCGGGUACACGAGGCGAGUGGACACUCCUUGCACAAGGGCACCGUCCAGGUGACCCUGGGCCCUGCUGCUCUACCUGUGUCAAACCGGCACUUGGCUCGUAGAGCAGCCCACUCACGCUGUCUGCACAGCACAGUUACCUUCCCAGAGCACACUAAUGCAGCGUUAUGUAGAUUAUAGAUGUGAGGUCUUGGAUGUGGUUUCUGCAUGGUCCUGGGGGAGUGUCUUCCUUCCUGACGAGGGGUGUGUGUUCCAUCCCACACAGCCGGCGACCUUGGCAGCCGCCGUCACGCAGCGUGAGAACAGAGGCCGCGGCUGCUGCUCCUGUGCGCCCAGAUUCAUGUGUAUAGUUGAUUGGAAUGAGGGUUUAUGGAUAUUUGUGUUUUUUUAUUUCUUUAAUUUCUGUCUGCAUAUUAGCUUUGAGUGUGUGAUUUUAAGAGAGAAUACUUUGACACCUGUAAAAAGAUCAAAAUACUACUCUUUUAAGACAUUUCACAAAUAGUCACUUACAUGG